GGGCGGCGGGGGUGCAGGCCGUCUCCUGGAGGGUUGCGACCCCCGGCGGAAGCUCGAGACGAGGCUCAGACCCGGAGCGUGUCCGUGGGAGCGCCUGUCUGGUAAAGGAUGCUGUCCGAGGGCGGGCAGCCUACCUGUUGGGCAGGUGGUUUCUUGCCCUGAGAACGCCACAAACUUCACAGCCCCCGCCCCUUGGGCCCUCUCACUGGAGCGGGCUGACACAGUUGAAUAAGGCAGUGAACGUACUGUAGAAAUAAUAACACUAAGUACCACCUACUGAUUGUUGAUCCUGUGCUAAGUAAAUUCUUUAUGUACAUUUAAUCUCCAUGAUGAUCCUUCAAAGUAGUCGUAUUUAUUCUUAUGUUAUAAAUAAGCGCAGUAGAUACUUAGUAAGCUGAAGUCACUCACCCAAGGUCAUAAAGUGGUUGAGGAUUGAUUUCAAUCCUUGUCUGAUUCCAAAGCCCAUGUGUUUAACCAUUAACUACACCUCCUUGGCUUUUAGCAAACUGUACUGAUCCAAAGACACUGUAGAAUAGAAUGGGUUGUCUUAACAAGGAAGAAAUUGGUUUGUUUUAGAAUUAUAUUUAGCACGCAUGUAGUCCUAAACACUGGUCAUCAGAUUAAUCACUUUUGUAGGAACUCCUAGGCAGCAUUAGACUUCCGCUUGUCAAAAUCCACUGCUGUUACAGCUUUGUCCCUCUUGAGUAAGGAAGGUGUCAUACCAUAGAUUUGAACCUUAAAACUUUAGUAAUUUAUGAAAAAUCAAGGUAGAUAUGACCCUUGAAAAAAGUCAUUGCAUAUAGUGUCACAAAGAUCAUAAUCCUGAAGUGUAAAUGUCGGGACAAUACCACCGCUACUUUGUUUAUUAACCAUUCACAGUUAUUUCCAAAACCUGCAAUGAACUCAGUUACUACACUCAACCAGAGUUGGAGCAUAAAUUACGUUGAGACCAUGCCUGUUGUAUAGUCUUUGCCAUUAAUCCUGUUUUACAUGAAAAACUAUAUUUUUUCUCACCACUUUUUAUUUCUCCUCUGAGGCCUUCGUUUAUAUUGACCUUACUGCUAAUGAUUAAAUUAAAGAGUAUCUUCUCCGCUUACCCUGUCUGAGUGAGCAUGGUGAGAAAGAAUGGAAUUGAGGCACACCAAGUCUAACCAUACAGUUUUUCAAGAGUAUUUCACUUUCCUGUUUGUACUUACUUAAUGCCCAAGAAUGCCACAGCUAUGUCAUUUUGUAGUUUAGCAAAUGGUAAAUCCUGUGAUUGCCUGAGUUUAUUUAGCACGUGUUCAAGCAAAGUAGUCUUAAAGUUUAAACUCACUGUCAGAGUAAAUGAAAUAGUUUAUUUGAGAUGCAGUUGCCUUAAUUUUCUAAUUAUAUUUUCCCGCAUUCACUUAUUAUUUUCUUCAUCUCAUUCAUUUCUAAAACUUUUCUAAUCCAAGGAUUCUGGAGAGUUGCUAUUAGUUCUUAUUGCUCAUCUUUUCAUCUAUAGUAGUUCUUAUUUGGGGUGUUCAAAAAUAGUAGAGACUGUUGAUUUAAGAGAGAUGGUCAAACAGCUUGACACUUUUCUUGCAAAAUAUCUUUUGUUUUGUGUUCCAUCCCUAUAUCUUACGUCUAAAAAACAAGACUGUCCAGGUGUCUGCCACUGAAACUUAUUGCCUCUUCAAUCAUUUCAGCUCUGGAAAGGAAGAGAAAUGGAAGUGAAAAAGUUGAGCAUUUCCUGGCAAUUCUUGAUAGUUCUGGUUCUGAUCCUGCAAAUUCUGUCUGCGUUGGAUUUUGACCCAUACAGAGUCCUAGGGGUCAGCCGAACAGCCAGUCAGGCUGAUAUUAAAAAGGCUUAUAAGAAGCUCGCCCGGGAAUGGCAUCCUGACAAAAAUAAAGAUCCGGGAGCAGAAGACAAGUUCAUUCAAAUUAGCAAGGCUUACGAGAUUCUUUCCAAUGAAGAAAAGAGAUCAAAUUAUGAUCACUAUGGAGAUGCUGGAGAGAACCAGGGCUACCAGAAGCAGCAACAGCAGCGAGAGUACCGCUUCCGACACUUCCAUGAAAAUUUUUAUUUUGAUGAAUCAUUUUUUCACUUCCCUUUUAACUCUGAGCGGCGGGACUCAGUUGAUGAAAAGUAUUUAUUGCACUUCUCACAUUAUGUGAAUGAAGUGGUUCCAGAUAGCUUCAAGAAACCCUACCUCAUUAAAAUCACCUCAGAUUGGUGCUUUAGCUGCAUCCAUAUCGAGCCUGUUUGGAAAGAAGUUGUUCAAGAACUUGAAGGAUUAGGUGUAGGAAUUGGUGUGGUCCACGCUGGGUACGAGAGGCGCCUAGCCCAUCACCUCGGAGCACACAGCACACCCUCUAUCCUGGGACUUAUAAACGGGAGAAUCUCUUUCUUCCAUAACGCAGUCGUCCGUGAGAACCUACGGCAAUUUGUAGAAAGUCUUCUUCCGGGGAACUUGGUAGAAAAAGUUACAAAUAAAAAUUACGUGAGAUUCCUCUCUGGCUGGCAGCAAGAGAAUAAACCUCAUGUCCUUCUGUUUGACCAAAUGCCAGCCGUGCCGCUGCUGUACAAGUUGACUGCUUUUGCAUACAAAGAUUAUUUGUCAUUUGGAUAUGUAUAUGUCGGUUUAAGAGGGGCGGAAGAGAUAACCAGGCAGUACAACAUCAAUGUCUAUGCCCCCACCAUCCUGAUCUUUAAAGAACACAUCAACAAGCCUGCUGACGUUAUCCAGGCCCGAGGUAUGAAGAAGCAGGUCAUUGAUGACUUCAUCAUCCAAAACAAGUACCUCCUGGCAGCCAGGCUCACCAGUCAGAAGUUGUUCCAUGAACUCUGCCCUGUGAAACGCUCUCACCGACAGAGGAAGUACUGUGUGGUUUUACUGACUGCCGAGGCCACCAAGUUGAGUAAGCCCUUUGAGGCUUUCCUGUCCUUUGCCCUGGCAAACACACAGGACACAGUGAGAUUCGUGCAUGUCUACAGCAAUCGGCAGCAGGAGUUUGCCAACACCUUACUACCAGACGGUGACAGGUUUCAAGGAAAAUCAGUGGUGUCUAUCUUAGAAAGGCGCAACACAGCAGGAAGGGUGGUGUAUAAAACCCUGGAAGAUCCGUGGACUGGGAGUGAGAGCGAUAAAUUCAUCCUUCUGGGUUACCUCGACCAGUUGCGGAAAGAUCCAGCUUUUCUGUCCUCUGAAGCUGUUCUUCCCGACCUGACUGAUGAACUUGCCCCUGUGUUUCUACUUCGGUGGCUCUACUCUGCUUCUGAAUACAUCUCAGACUGCUGGGAUAGCAUAUUUCACAACAACUGGCGGGAAAUGAUGCCCCUCCUGUCCCUGAUCUUCUCGGCCCUCUUCAUCCUCUUCGGCACCGUCAUCAUGCAGGCUUUCAGUGACUCAAAUGAUGAACGAGAGUCAAACCCUCCAGGUAAAGAGGAAGCCCAUGAGAAGUCUGGGAAGACAGAGCCGACCUUCAGCAAGGAAAGCAGCAGCAAGAUUCCUAAAAAAGGCUUUGUGGAGGUAACUGAACUCACAGAUGUCACAUACACCAGUAACUUGGUACGCCUGAGGCCAGGCCACAUGAAUGUGGUCCUCAUCCUAUCAAAUUCCACCAAGACCAGCCUACUACAGAAAUUUGCUUUGGAGGUCUACACAUUCACUGGGAGCAGCUGCCUACACUUCUCCUUCCUGAGUCUAGAUAAACACAGAGAGUGGCUAGAAUACUUACUAGAAUUUGCUCAAGAUGCAGCCCCGAUCCCAAACCAGUAUGAUAAGCAUUUCAUGGAACGUGACUACACGGGCUAUGUACUGGCCCUGAACGGCCACAAGAAAUACUUCUGCCUCUUCAAGCCCCAUAAAACAGUUGAAGAGGAGGAAGCAGCCAUGGCAUUGUGCAGUGACCUUGACUCUUCCCUCCACCUGGGAGAAUCUCGAGGAAAAUCUUCCUGCGGCCUUGGGUCCAGGCCCAUCAAAGGAAAACUGAGCAAGUUGUCCUUAUGGAUGGAACGCCUGUUGGAAGGCUCCUUACAGAGGUUUUAUAUCCCAUCAUGGCCUGAAUUAGACUGAGAGGAUUUCAAAGAGAAUUGAACUCUUCAGACUUUUUAACAUGCCCCUGUGAACAGGUAUUUUCAGGACUCAAACUAUCCCAACGAACAGAGUUUAGAUUUUAGAUUACUCUUCUAGAACAAUGGCUAGAAGAAUCUUUCCUUCAUCCUAUUCUGACCUAGGAGUGAAAAACACCACAAGUUUGCGUUCCUAGAUCAAAAUAUUUCCUUUUUUACCCCUCAUUUCAAUGCCGCACUAUUCAAAAUAGACUGUCCAUCCCUCUUCCUUUGUUGUCCCUGUCACAUGCUCACACCAUACUCCCCUCUCCUGUCUCUUAUUUUGGAGAACACAGGGCUCAAGCCUGCAGCAGUACCGGGAUGGAACCUCCAGAGCCUGUUGUGCAGGUCGGGUCACUUAUCCCACCCCACCCCGUCCUCCAUCCUCUGGGCCAUCCACCGUCCCACUGUGCUGUGCCGUGGUGCACGCUCUGGCACUGGAACCACCCACAGCAGCUCUUUAGGCCCUGCAUCUUGAAAGAGGCCCCAGUUCCAAGCAACAUCUUAUACUUAACGGUUUUUCCAGUAGUAAAUGGCUAAAAGUAUAUUUUGGGGGCAUCUCCCUACAACAGCUUGUCAGCCACCAUUUUAAAAAGACAGUGGGUGUACAGGGCUUAUGCACAUGAGUUGGGUUUUCCUCCCAAGAAAAGGGCUGGGCAGUGACUGACGGGCUACAGCUCUGGGAUCCCUUUGUGAGCUUCCUUCCAUCGCCUCCCCAGCGCUAAGCAGAGCCAGGGUAGGGGUCUGCGCAGCAAGAAGUACUGUAAUGUUGGAGCCAUUUACACGUAUGUUUUCCGAUGCCUUUCUGCCUCUGUCAAUUUUAGGGUGUGGAUAUUAGGAGCCAUAACUUGUAAUCUUGUUCUCUGAGCGUAGAGAUAAGCUGCUAUGAGCCAGUAGAUGUUAAACAAAUGAUUCCCACCUGCCACUGAGUCAGGUUCAAGGAGCCUCUUCACACCAGUGGUGUCUCUUUAGUAAAAUGCAGACAUAUCUUUGUAUCAAGGAACUUAAAAUUUAUAAGCAAAUGUAUUUUGGAAACUGUUACCCCAAAAGUGACGUAUCUUCAAGCCCUCUUUUGUAAUGAGAGAGCCAAGACUUGUUCUGGACUCCUGUUUUGCAAAAGGCUUAUUUUUCAGCUUCUGGCCUCUGUUUUGCUCUCUCAUCGUAAUUGUUUUCACUCUUAACUGACAACUGCUUGACUAGUAUCAGGGUCAGGCUGAUCAGUGGCACCCACCUUGCUGAGCUCAGUGUAUAAUGGACUCCACACUGGAGCCGACCAGCCAGUCAGAGAGUGUAGUUUGUUUUUUGGAUUUUUUUUAUCAGGGCAAAACCGCCAGUGGAGUUUGGACAACUUCAAAGAGUGGUCUGUUCAGAUAUCAAAGCAAAUUGCCUUUUGUAAAGUGAAGGGUAAGAAUCAGUGAUGGGACAUUUCCUACGUUACCUACGUUAGUAUUUAUUUAUUUAAUCAUAAUUGCUUCAAACCAUUUGGACCCUGAAUAAUUUAAAUUUGGGCUACAGUAAUAAUAAGUUAUUUGAGCCCAGGAAUUCCUAUAAUUUUCUUGGAGUCUACAGCUUUAUUAAAAGAAAUACUCCAUGCCAGGCUUCUUUCUUCAUACAAUCCUCUAGAAAUGGAUGAUGACUCUGAAUGCCAUGGCUUCCAGCCCAGUUAGAAAUGGUCAAGGGAUUCAUUUGGUUUAUUCAUGUGCCGAUCCUCAAAAUCAUUCUCUGGGUCUUUUGUGGUAGAUUGCUCCUAUGAGUAGUGUCUUCAUUCAGUGGUAGGUUUUUAUUUUUAAUUUCUGAAAACCAAAAACUGCCCAGAUUUGUUCUAUUAUUAUUAUUAAAAAGGACCUUCAGACAGUUGUACCUUCCAUUUGUACCAGCAAAAGAAAGUGGUGACAGGAUUAGAAACAUUCCUAGAAAAUGUUUCAAUCCAAAAAUUCUUCUACAGAUCUGUUUGAGGACUGGUAAAUUUGCCCCUCCUUCCCCCUCCCUCCCCCCCGCAGGAGGAGAUCCUUCUCAAUCUUUUGGGAUUCUAGAGAGAUUUUAUUUUUCAUUGAACUUUACCGUUGACCAUCCAGGCCUUUCCUCCUGAAUGUUGUUUUCAUAAAUUUGUUUACCUCUGUGUCAAAUGUAUGAGCCAUUGUCAUGCUCAGCCAAUGCUGCCAUUUCUCUAACUAAUGUAAUCAUACAAGACCCGAUUUUGGUUUUAGUUAACUUCCUAGUCUUCGAAUAUCUCGAAGCUGUCAACAUAGAUUUUUUUUUUAGGUGGGUUUUCUGGUUGAUAACAGGUUAUACAUAAUGCAUCAUGUUUAGCAGGUAGGGAUGAAAAUGGCAACUGGCCUCAAACAACUCUUUGUAGAAUAUACUCUCAUUUUAAAAAUAUUUUUUAAUUGCUCAGAUGUUGGCUGCACAAUUUGCCUAACAUAGAGGUCAUCAGCUCCAACCAAGCAACCUUUUAAGGAGCAAGAGUGCCCUGGCUCCCAUCAGGUACCAUGGUCUCGCUGCCAUUAUGUAUUGACCAUGAAGACUUUGCAGUAGUUUUCAAGUGAAUAGGUUGGUUUUCUCCCCAUUCCCAUCCUAUUCAUACUUGUCCCCUUUUAUAUACCAUCAUCCUAAUUAAUUUGCAGCUGCCAUCAGUUCACAAAUGUUUCCUCAAUAUAAAAAGAAAUGGGAUCCGAAUGUGUUUGAAGUGAUUUGCUUUGGGAAGAGGGCUUGGAAGCAAACAUGGAAAGUUGUUUUUUUUUUUUAAGUAAAAUUUUUAAAAAGCUGAUGCAAAACAUCUUUACAGAUGGAAAUGUUGCCCGAGUCCAAAUACCUGACACUGUCCCUUGAAAACAAAUGCAGUGUGACAGCUGCUGAAUCUCUGUUCAUUUUUUCAAGGAGGAUGACUGUACUUGGGAGACAGAUCUAAAAGAAGGUGAAUAUUUUGCACUUUUGAUACUCUUAGGAACAAAUAAUUUAUUUGGCAAAUUGUGUCUUUUUUUAUGUUUGUUUGUUUGGUUUUAUUUUUUUUAUUGUGAACAGGCACUGAAGCUGAUGUUAUUUUGUUUUAAGAAUAUUACAGACUGGAAACAGAAAUAAACUAUUUUAAUGUGUGAUGAUUAUGGGCAAGCUCUUGCACUGCAAGACGAUUUACAUAAUCACAGACACCAUGUCAACAAAAUUGACUUUGCAUGUAACUCGACACAUGCUGA